AUGAUACCAAGAAGAAUCCUGACUCAAACACGCGAGAGUUCCAUGUUGGAAAAAUUAGAGAACCCUAUAGAGAACCCUAUAGAGAACACGAUAGAGAACCCUAUAGAGAACACGAUAGAGAACCCUAUAGAGAACACGAUAGAGAACCCUAUAGAGAACACGAUAGAGAACCCUAUAGAGAACCCUAUAGAGAACACGAUAGAGAACCCUAUACAGAACAUGAUAGAGAACCCUAUAGAGAACACUAUAGAGAACCCUAUAGAGAACCCUAUACAGAACAUGAUAGAGAACCCUAUAGAGAACCCUAUAGAGAACAUGAUAGAGAACCCUAUAGAGAACACGAUAGAGAACCCUAUGGAGAACCCUAUACAGAACAUGAUAGAGAACCCUAUAGAGAACACGAUAGAGAACCCUAUAGAGAACAUGAUAGAGAACCCUAUAGAGAACACGAUAGAGAACCCUAUAGAGAACCCUAUACAGAACACGAUAGAGAACCCUAUAGAGAACACGAUAGAGAACCCUAUAGAGAACCCUAUAGAGAACACGAUAGAGAACCCUAUAGAGAACACGAUAGAGAACCCUAUAGAGAACCCUAUAGAGAACCCUAUAGAGAACACGAUAGAGAACCCUAUAGAGAACACGAUAGAGAACCCUAUAGAGAACCCUAUAGAGAACACGAUAUAG